AUGGGUAAUAAAGAAUCGACGAAUUUUCAUGAAUCUUCUAAAAUAGUUCGUCAAACAUCCCACAAAAGACAUUCAUAUACGACGUCACCCUCUCGAACAAGAAGCGAAUCAAUUCCACAUCCGCAAGGUUCCCGUAAAUUAUCAAGUUUUCGAAAAGAGGAAGAAACAGAAUUGCCAACUGCUUCUAUCGAAAAGAAUCGCAGCAAAUCAUUUCGUGAAAAACCGAGAUAUAUGGAUGGGGCCAGACGACGACCAAAUAUUUGUGAAAUUACUGGUUUGAGUGCGCAUCAAAAAGCAAUUCUGACGACAAUGUGGCGGCAGUUACCACGUGGUUUAGUAUUUGAUCUCGGGAAACGUGUCUUUGGAAUAAUCUUUGAACGGGACCCAAAUUUAUUGGUAGUCAUUAAUUUGGAACAUCUUCAAGGUACUGACCAGUGGCAAGAACACCGUUUCACCCAUGCGCUAUCGCAAUCAAUGCGCAAUUUGGCAGAACCGAUCGUAGCAGCUGAUCGAUUGCAAGAAUUUGGCGCAGCUUACGUAAAUCAGGAAGAUUUUGUGCGUGGAGGGUUUGACGUUUGUGUUCCGCACAGCUAUUGGGAUCGACUCUCAGCGGCAAUUACGACAACAGCAAAAGAAUUCUUAAAUAAACAACAAGUGAAAG